AUGAAAGCGAAGGGCGAACGGGCGGCGAUGGUGCCGCUGGCAGUGCUGUUGAGACGGGAGACUUCAAGCGAGAAGAUGGAGACACCGGACGUGCUGUACGGUCAGGCCAGCCAGAGUAAGAGAGGGGAGGACUUAACUCCCAUUGAGACGGCACUCCGGCGUGACCCGGGGGAUUGCGACGCUACGUACUCCGUCUUCGCGCUAUUUGACGGCCACAAUAGUUAUGGAGCUGCUGUUUAUGCAAGGGAAAAACUCUUGGAUAACAUUUUGGGUGUUGUUCCUUCAUAUCUUAAUAGGCAAGAUUGCAAGUGGUUAGCCACAUUACCAAGAGCUCUGGUUGCAGGAUUUGUGAAAACAGAUAAAGAUUUUCAAAUUUCAGUGCAUUCUUCAGGAACCACUGUCACAUUUGUUAUAAUAGAUGGAUGGGUAGCAACUGUAGCAUCAGUUGGUGAUUCAAGAUGCAUUCUUGAAUCUGCCGAAGGUUCUGUUUACUAUUUAUCAGCAGAUCAUCGUCUGGAAGUCAAUGCAGAGGAGGUUGAUCGCAUAGUAGCUAGUGGAGGUGAGGUUGGGAGAUUAAGUAUAGUUGGAGGUACAGAGUAUCACCUUCUUUUCCAUAUUAGUCCUCUCAGGUGUUGGUCAGGUGGUUUAUGUUUAUCGAGAUCUAUUGGUGAUAUGGAUGUGGGUGAAUUUAUUGUUCCUGUACCUUAUGUUAAGCAAGUGAAGCUAAUUAGACAAAUAACGGAGAUUGAACCUAUUGGGAAAUGGGUGUUGUUGCUCUUGAUCUCGUGGUUUCAUGAUUGCUGCAGCUCUCAACUGCUGGAGGUCGACUUAUCAUCACAAGUGAUGGCGUCUGGGAUGUUUGGCCUGCCGGCAAGCAUUGCAGCCCAUCAAAUUGUAAAAGUAUUUAGUGACUUGCGUAUUUUGAAAUUGAGGCAUAAGCACAUCCUUGUUCAUUGCAGCCCAUCAAAUUGUAAAAGAUACUACUUGCAUUGUGAUAGAUAUAUUACCAGUAGAGAAAAUAACUCCUACUACGCCCCGGCCAAGAAACAGGGAAUGUGUGUAUUCAAACACUUGUUCUGGAGGAUGUCUCCUGAGUUAUCAUCAAAUUUUGAUAGAAACUUUGUGGAGCCAGAUGUGUGGAGGAAAUAUUCGAAGGAGAAUCUGCAUUGCUAUUCCAAAGGGAAAUGCAGGUUGAGUGUUGCAUAUCCAAUUCACAACUUGUUCAAGCUUUUUGUAUGUGCGAUAUGCCAGAUCAAGAUGAAACCAUACAAGGGCUAUUCUGUCAACGGAAACUCACAUCAGUCCCGCAAACCCUGGGAUGGUCCAUUUAUUUGCCCGAGUUGUCAACAGAAGAAGGAAGCUAUGGAAGGAAGAAGACCUUCAAGAGGUUCUUCAUUCAGAAAAAGCUCCGGAAGUGAAUAGGCCUGCAAAGUAUCAGCAGUAUUGAAAUAUGGCACGGAUGAAGAAUUCGCGCCCAAGAAGCCACUGCAAGGAUAUAUUCCUCCAUUAGCUGACCAUGAUCAAGCUAUGCUCUCGCAAGAGACGAGCACUGGAAUUUUCCAGUGGCAUCCUUUAACUAGAAAGCUGCAUUUGGUUGGGCCUCUCCUCUCUUCCAGCAAAUUAACAAAGAUUUAAACGCCAACAUUUCAGCAUCACUGAUUAAUAUAUUACAGGACUAAUCUCCAUUGGGUAUUAUAUGAUAUGCUCUUUGAAUAGUAUCAUUAGCAAUUUGUUUCUGUUUUAGCACUUUUUUUGAAGAAGAAGAAGGUUUCAUUCAGCUGUAGUCAUUAUUUUUUGCUCAUGGAUUGGUACAUUGACAUUAAAUGGAGAUGUUUAGUUUGUAAUAUUUUAUUGUUGAUGCAAUUGAC